AUGACGCUACAAAAUCUUGGUUUGUUUCUCCACCAUUGCGCCAAAGCCAAGGCAUUAAGUCGUGGGGUUUCGCUCCACGCUGCAGCUAUCAAGACAGGAAGACUAGCAGAAACCUCCAUGUGCAAUCACAUUCUCAAUUUCUACGCCAAAUGUGGACUUCUUCACCUGGCCCACCAGGUGUUCGACGAAAUGCCGCACAGAUAUUUGGUUACCUGGUCCGCCUUGAUAUCUGGCUAUAACCUUUGGGAUACCCCCCACAAAGCGCUUCAACUUUUCAGCGAAAUGCACAAGCAUUUUAAGCCCAAUGACUCGGUGUUCUCGAGCGCUCUUAGCUCUUGUGCCCGCUCAAGGGACUUGAAUCUCGGGCAGCAAAUUCAUGCGCUCGCCUUUAAGCUGAGCUAUUGUUCCAUGCAUUAUCCGUUUUGCGAUAGCAGCUUUGUUCAGCCAACUCUAGUUUCCUACAACAUUGCAAUCACUGGGCUAGUGGAAAGCAAGCUCCAAGAGAAGGGAAUGGAGUUGUUUGUGGAAUUGCUUAGACGGGGGCUGCUUCCUGACCGGUUGACUUUCGCAGGAUUAUUAGGGGCUGGUGAAACCUUUGUUUCAAGAAUCCGACAAGGCGUUCAGGUGUAUUGGAGAAAAAGAUGUUGUUUCAUGGAUAGGAGGGCGGCGGCGAUUUUCCUGGAGGAGUGGGGGUGGGAGGCGGUGGAUAGGAGGGCAGAGGAGGAGGAAGAAGCGUAG